GUGUUAAUGUUGUUCAAAUAGUCAAAAGUAAUACAUUCUUACACAAAAGAACUUAUCUUUUAUGCAGUGUCAUCGCGAGAGCGCAUUUUACAUCACAAAUUAUAUCUAUUUAGAAGCUUUUCAAAGUAAUCUUAGUUCAUAAUCCUUGUCCAACUGACCUGACUGAUUAUCGAUUUUAUAGAUCAAAUUUAUAAAUAAUUGUAUGUUAAUUUGUGUUUUUUUUUACUCACAUGUUUUUAAAGUCAAACAUCUAGUUUAUUUAAUAUUAAUCAAUUAUAGUUUUAUAAUGUUUCAUAAAUUGUAAUUCAAAUAAAUUAUUAUUGCAAUAACGAUGGAUAUUCGCCGAAGAAAGCUUUCCUUCAAUGAAGAAGAUAUGCCAACAGAAUUAUCAUCCCGUCCGAAAAAAACUCAUUUUUUAAGCUGCAAGCCUUCCAGAAUUGUUAUAAUGUUAGGAAUACUAUUUUUUAUUUAUAUAGCUAUUGCCUCUAAUAUACAACCAUUAAAACUUGGAUUAUCAGCUUUUGAUGGUCUUGCAUCUUCUUUAAAUUUACAAAAGCCAUCGUAUGUUGUAAUUAUUGAUGCUGGCUCGACGGGAAGUCGAGUUUUAGCAUUUACCUUCCAUACAUCAAUUUUUAAUGGAGAGCUGAUAUUAGAUAAUGAGCUUUAUUCGGAAAUAAAACCAGGACUUAGUAGUUUUGCUGACAGACCCAAAGAGGGAAUUAAAAGUUUAGAAAAAUUACUUAAAAAAGCCAAAGAUGUGAUCCCCGUAUCAGAAUGGGCUCAUACUCCAAUUAGUCUAAAAGCUACUGCAGGAUUAAGAUUAUUACCGCCUGAAAAAGCUAACGCAAUCAUUGAAGAAUGUAAAAAUUUCUUUGAAUCAUCAGGAUUCUUGACAACCAAAAAUUCUGUAUCUAUUAUGGAAGGUGCAGAUGAAGGAAUUUAUGCUUGGUUUACUGUUAAUUUUUUAAUUGGCCAGUUGUCAACACGACAUAAUGAAAAUACAGCAGCAGUUUUGGAUCUUGGAGGAGGAUCAACACAGGUCACAUAUUCUCCUGAUGAAGAAGAUUUAAAAAAAAUUUCUAAACAUGUCUAUUCAAUAAACGCCUUUAAUCAUAACAUGAGUCUUUAUACUCAUAGUUUAUUAGGAAUGGGACUGAUGGCAGCACGAAAAGCUAUAUUAACCGCAAACUUAGAUAUGAAAAAUGUUAAUCCUGGGGAUACCGUUGAAGUUAGGUCGGAAUGUGUAAAUCCUAUAGUUUCAACAGAGUGGAGCUAUCAUGGAAUAAAUUAUUUAGUAAGAGGACCUACUAAGGGUGCACAUAGAGUUAUUAGGAAUAAAAAAUAUUCAGAAGAAGAUAGACCAAUUGUUAGAAUCCCAGAAUGUUUGAAAAUUAUCAAAAAAUAUAUAGAAUCUGUUAAAGAAAAACCUAUAGGAUUAAAUAAACAUACUAUUUAUGCUGUUUCUUACUAUUUUGAACGUGCUGCUGAGGUAGGAUUAGUUGAUCCUUUCACUGGUGGUGUGAUUUCUCUUGGAGAAUUCCAUAAAAUGAUGAUAGAUACCUGUAAUUACGCAAAUGCUGAUCAACCAUUUAUGUGCCUCGAUUUGUCGUUUAUUUAUAUUUUAUUACACGAUUGUUUUGGUCUUGACAAUUCGACUAAACUACAUCUUUACAAAAAGUAUAAUGGUCAUGAAUUAAGUUGGAGUCUAGGUGCUGCUUUUAAUUUACUUGAUAAAAACUUUUAGUAAUAUUUUAAUAAUAACAUCAAUCAAAUAAGUAGUACAUGAAAAUUUAUUUAAUUGAUAAAAUAAAAGAUAGCAAAUUUUAUCAACGCACAAAAAAUUAUGAUGAGAGUGUUGGCUGAUUAACAUGAAGUUAAAUAGUUAAAGGACCAAAACUGAGCUGGUACAAUUUUGAAAAGAUAAUUACUUUAUUGUCAGAUAAUCAAAAACAAAAGUAUUUAAUUGAAAAAAAAA